UGCAGCUUUAAUGACACUAAGCUCUUUUCAGAGUGUAGUAAACUAACACAGACACCAAGAAGAAGAGAUUAUAUUGUAGCUUCAAACCUGCAAAUUCUGCCUAAAACUCUCUAGACUGUCACCAGAAAUCACCGGCGCUGUCGCAGAUCAACUCCAGGUGUCGCUAAAGUCCCCCCCCCCCCCCCCCCCCCUCCUCCCCGCACCCAAACUGCCCUUCUCCUUCCCACAACACCCUUCGCUCCGGUUGUGUGUGUUUUUGCCCUUCUGUUUCCCGGCAGCCCCCCCCCGGUUCUCCGCCCCGGUGUUUUGUGAGCCAUGGCCGGGUUCGGGGUGCUGUUUCUGCGGGUCUCGCUGUUCGGGACGGGCUUGGUGUUCGGGGCGGCUCGGCUCGCCGGGGCAGCGGAGUGCAAUCCGGGCCGGAGGCCAGGAGAUGCGCAAGAGGUUGAUGUCACUGGGCUGGCGAUUCAGCUGGAGCAUUCGUUCGAAGUGGAUGACCGUGCCCGGUUCUCGGUUCGAGGGUCUGUGUUUUUGAAGCCAGGGAGAGACGGGGGCGCCCUUUUGUCCCAGAACCAGCUGGGGGAGGAGGAGAGGAACAGGCUGCGGGAGGUGUCCUCUGUGGACGGGCUGUAUCGUGUUCGGAUUCCGAGGAAAUCGUGUCAGACUGGAGCAGAGGACGCCUACGUGACAUCGUUCGUGAGGGCGGUGACGGUGACUCUGUGUGUGAGUCUGCACCUCUCUGAUGUCAUCACUGUCAACACUGACGUCGCCGGCAACGUCAUUGGUGUUUCCAUAGUUACGCUGCCAGGGUCGUGCACGGGGUCAGAGGUCGAGGACGUUGACCUGGAACUGUUCAACACCACGCUGAGCAUCAUGGGACCCUCGCUAGCACCACUUCCAGAGACGGCCGUGUUUAUUGAACGGAUGGAGCAGGAGCAAGCACAGAAAGCCAAGAACCCACAAGAGCAGAAAUCAUUCUUUGCUAAAUAUUGGAUGUAUAUCGUUCCUCUCGUUCUCUUCCUCAUGAUGUCUGGCGCUCAAGAUCAGGGCGGGGCCGGGGGAGCCAAUGGGGGAGGCCGCUGAGAUGACAUCACGGGGGGGGGGCUGGGAAGCAGCGGAGGGCGUCGCACUCAAACCCUUCCUGACGGCAACGGAUUCCAAAACUUGCCAGCUGUGAUUUUACCCCCCCCCCCCCCCCCAAAAAAAAUUAAUUUAUCUUUCAAUAAAUUGAAUUUGUUUGUU